AUGACAGUGGAAAACUUUGGAGCUAGCCUCGGAGGUGAAGUUGCAACUUCAGGCGCCAGUGAUAAUUGGUCAUUUGAACUGGCAUUGAGCCUACUACAGAUUCCACACGAUGACAAAAGACUCAAGUCAUUAAAUGAAUUCCUUUUAAAGAAUCAAGAAUUGUUGUCAACUCCAUUGGUGUUUCAAAAAACCUCAAAUGAUGCCUUACCAUCAAAAGAAAAACUCAAGACAUACGGAGAAGGUGUAACUGAAGCUCAUUUGAAGUAUGCAGAAGAGAUCUCUAAAUUGCUAAACAUAAGUCAAAAGGAUGCCUUUAGAAUCAUUGUUGAUACGUUGAAACGCGUACCAGAAUCCAACGAAUCACAGAAAACCAAAACCUACUCCAAUGAUGAAUUUGAAAGACAAUCCAAACAUAAACUUUACAAACUAUAUAUCAGCAGCAUAAUGAGAGAAAGACGUACAGUAAUAAGGCUAAUCAGAACAUUAGUUAGUGGUGAAUCCAUUCCUUUCAUAGAAAAGAAGUUUUCAGAGAAAAUCUUUCAAGACGGUGAAUUCAUUUCCAAUGCAAUCACUUCCUUGCAAACCUUUGUUGAUUUAAUCAACAAUAAUGAGUCAGAUUUCGCUGAUAUCAUUUCAUCUGAAAUUUCAUUGACAAUAGUUGAGAUGCUAAAGUUGCUUAUAUCGUUGUUGAUUGUUGUUUCCACCACAGCCAAUAAUGUUGUCAAAUGGUUCAAUUUUUUGAAAUCUAACAAGUUUUUCACAGAUUUGAAAGACCUUAUCCCAGAAGAAUUUUAUGAAGAGAUAGAAGCUUUAAGAUCCAUCACAACUUUGUUAUUUCUAGGUUUCAACACUAACGAUGAUUCUUUUGAUCCAAUUUCUCCUUACUUAUCAGAUACAAAUUCAAUCAAGUCCAUAAACAGCGUAUUAUCAAAGUCAUCAGAAGAUCCAUUGACUCUCUAUGCUUGGACUAUAAUAUUGUAUACCCUUGAUGAUGCCAAAACAAGUGUUUUGUUUGGUGAAACCUUUGCUCAAGUUCAUGGUUAUUUUGCCGUCAAGGCUGCAGAACUUGAUGUCUUCAAAAGAAUCGAGCAUUUUCAUCAAGCCUUACAUUAUGACAAUCUAUACUCAGCCAUAAUCUCAUCUUUUUUGAUUGCUGCUGUUCCAUUCAUACAACUUAGUGACAAGAUAUCGUAUACAUACUUGCAAAUUUUCAAAGAUACACCAAAUACAUUUGUUGAGAAAUUUUUCACCAAUGAGGACACACAAAGGUUACUGUUCUUAGCAAAAGCCAAAUUCCCAGAAGUAAUUAUUCCAUAUUUGAGAAUUUUGAGCAUAAACGGUGCCUUUGCCCAUGAUGAAUUAUCAAAAUUAUCUUCUUAUAUGCAUACAAUAUCAUCACAAAACUUGGAUUAUGAUAAUGAUACUGAAUCAGACACCAUUAUUUUGAAAAAUGGUCUUUAUGUGAAUCCCCCAUAUGAACAAAAUAAAGAUGUGUUGUUGUAUUUACCAGAAUCAACCAGAGGUAAAUUGGUUCCAACUGCAGAUCCAAAGACUGAAGCUGCUAUUUUCCAAUACAAUUAUAAUGGUUGGGCCUUGAUAGGGAGGAUCAUGCAAAAUGUUUCAGGGUUUGAAGAGGAUGAAGAGGUUCUCGUUACAAUUCUCGAAUUGCUAUCAAAUACAUUGGGUUCCGUGGACUAUGAAACAAGUGUUGAUAUUUUGGAAAGUUUGUCCUCUUUUGUUGAUAAUGGAGACAUCCUAGAGAUCAUUUUGAAGCUUUUCGAGCAAUCACUUCAUCAGAGAAACAUCAGAGUGCUUACACCAGUAGCUGAUUUUUUGAUUUCUUUGGUUGGAAAUUUUCCACAAAUUGUUUGGUCUCAUUUGGUCCGUUCAGAUCUAUUAGAACAUGGUGGUAGAGGUGGUUUGAUUGCAACUAUCUUGGGAAGUGUGGAAACUGUAAGCGGUGACUAUAAAUUCACCAUAUCUUUGUUGAAAUUAUUGAACGAGUUGGUAUUGAAUUGUAUCUCAGCCCCAGAAGAUUGGACUACUCAAAAGAAUGAAGUUAUUCCAAAGUUUACUAGUCACGCUGUUCAAGUUUUUGAAAGCUUCAUAUAUUGGAAUUAUAAGAAUAGCUAUCAAAAGUUUCAAAUUGGAACCUUGAUUAUUGACACAUUCUCAAAAAUAUUAUAUUCAGUUUAUGGUAUUGAUCCAGAGUCAGAAAUCAACAAAAAGGUUACCAAGUCACUAGCAGCUUCAGCCAGUAAGGUUAUCAAAUCUUUUACAAAUUCAUUCCCAGAUGUUAGAACAAUAAAACCAAUUAUUGCAGCCGUUGAAUUACUAGAUCAGACACCUGCCGUAUUUGAUACUUCUGGAAGAGUUGGAUUUUGGUUUGAUCAAUGGUCUAGAGCCUCUUUGGAGUUUUCAAAACUAGUUGUCUCAAUAAGAUCAGUCAUUGGAAGCCCACCAUCUACUUUAGAAAUCUCAUUAUUCACCAAAGCCCCACUUCUCAUCAAUGCGUACACCAAACAUACCGUUUUACGUGGUGAUAUUUUACAAUUGUUGACCCAGCUAGUCAGUGCUAAGUGGCCAACUGAUUCACCUUCACUACUUUCUCAUUUGGGGGAUCACCAUACAGGUGUGUUGUUAGCCUCUGUUUCAGCUGAUUUACAGCACAAGUUUGAUGAUUUUAAAGUCAAAAAAUAUUUAUACGACUUCUUUUCUGCUGUCGUUGAAGGUAAUCAAAAAGGUUUAUCAAUGAUUUUUUUAAAUGGUCGUGAUAUUCGUGAUACCACCAAGAAACAAAGCUCUAUAUUGGAUAUCUUGAAAAAUAAUGUUGGACGCUUAGAUUAUUAUCCAGAAUCACUAAGUAUUCAUCUUGUUGAAGCUAUAGCUCAUGCUUUUAACUCUUGGUCAUCAAAGAAGGAAGAAAAUGAUGUGGAAUUUAUACAGACGUUGGUGAAGAAACUAAGUGACUUUAAAACUGGCUCAAGUGAUCUGAAGAAUGAUGAUGAUAUUAUUCAAGAAGCUUAUAGAUACAAAUUAAAUUCGAGAAUUGCUGAAAUUUGUGCUCUUUUCAUCUUUACAUCAAAAGAUGAAAAAGCCUCAAAACCUAUUGUUGAUCUAUUAAGUGACGGGAAAGUUGUUGAGUUGAUUAAACCAUUGUAUCAACCAUUCGGAUAUCGUGCUUCAUUACACGAGAACCUGAAUAACAAUUUUGAAAGCAAAUGGCCAUCUUACAAGUUACAACAGUUCAUACGUUCACCAUUAGCCAAUUCAACGAGAUAUGGUGAGAAUGCUGUUUAUGAUUUAAGAUUGCUAGAUGAUAUACUUGGAAAUAACCCAUAUUGGACUGGAAAUAAUCUUACAAAAGGUUAUAGAAGUGAAGUUAUUUCAGCAAGUUUGAACAUUCAAUAUGUUUCAUCUCAAAUAAGUGCUGCUAAAUCCUGGGGUGCUUUGUUGACUGCUUACGUUAAAAAAUUCAAAAUUUCAUCAACUUUUGUUGAGAUUAUCAAGAAACUUUUACAAGCUAAUAUUGAUGAAGGGGUCAAAGUUAACCUUUUUGAAGAAAUUUACCGCGUUCGUGUGGAGUUGUCAUUCUUUUUCUUAUAUUCAAUAACUAAAGAUAGGGAGUUGAAAGAGAAUGAAAUUGUUGAAAUUAUGAGAUUGGCUUUACAGCUCGCCACUUCAGCAGAUGUUGAUUUUUUGGGCAGUGUAUUGUCAAGUAAAGCUGAUAUUUACAGACCAUUAUUGAGAAUUGUUUCGAAUUUGCUCUCUGCCUCCAAAAAAAACACAAAAGUUAUUGAAAUUUUGUCCACAGAUCUUUUGGAGUUUUUUGAAUUUGUCAUUGCAAAAGGUACAUCGGUGAUUUUGGGCUCCAUUCAAUCUGACAUAAGCUCUCCCGAUAUUGGUGGAAGAGUGGAAGACUUGUAUUUAAUCAUUUCAUUAUUCAAAGGACUGGUUGCGACAAAUCCACCAACUAGUUUCACAACAAAAAUGUCCACAUUGUUGGUUGAUUUUGGUACAUUGAAGGCUAUUUUGAACGUUUAUUCAAGCUCUCAUUUAUUGAAAGUCAAUAAUGAACCUUUGUUUGCUGACUUGACAUUAUCAUUUAUGCUUGAGUUGGUGUCUGUUGACUCUAUUGCUGAACAAUUAAUAUCUAGUGGGUUGUUUUCAACUUUAAUCCAAUCGCCAAUUUCAUUAAUAAUUCAAGAAGGUAAUAUAUCUGUUCAGUCGUCACCAAGAUAUCAUAAUAUCUGGAGUAAUGGUUUAUUGGCCAUUAUACUAACUCUAUUGAGCAAGUUUGGAGCUAGAUUACUUCCGGAAAUUUGUGUUUUUGUCAAUUAUUUUAUAAAACAGAUUUCAUCAACAAUACAAAGCUGGUCACAAGACUCACUAGCCAUCACUAUUCCAGCACUACAAGAAACAGAACAAAUCAUUAUACUACAAAGGGCACUAAAGGUUCUAUAUUAUGAAUUUGGAUUGAAUAUACAAAAUAUGCAGCAACAAACAGCAGAGAUUAUACCAGAAUUGGAUUCAAAGAAGGGCAGAAAAGCUUUAUCAGAUGCUUUUACUCAUUUAUUAGCCCAUCCAAAAUUCUUGACAUCUAGAAUAAUACCAACUACAUUUGAGGAACAAAGGAUGUUUGAAGGAGAAGAUAAAAUAAGAACCCCAUUGGUUGAACAAUUGGCUUCUCAAAUUGGAGAAUUGAAGCAGUCACUUACUGAUUAA